AUGCCGUUGAACUUGGGGGAUUCCUUUCCAGACUUCCAGGCGGAGGCGCUGGGCGCCGAGCACUUCCGCUUGCACGAGUACUUGGGAGACAGCUGGGGAGUGAUGUUCAGCCACCCGAACGACUUCACUCCCGUUUGCACGACGGAGCUCGCUGAAGCCGUGAAGCUCCAGGACUCCUUCACGAAGAAGAACUGCAAACUCGUUGGCUUCUCCUGCAACGACAUGCAGAGCCACAGAGACUGGGCGAAGGACAUAAUGGCCUAUGCGGGCCGCUCUGGGAACUUGCCGUUUCCCCUCGUUUGCGACCCCAAGAGGGAACUGGCUGCGAGUUUGGGAAUUAUGGAUCCUGCGGAAAAGGACAAAGAGGGGCUGCCUCUGACUUGCCGCUGCGUCUUCUUCAUAAGUCCUGAGAAGAAGCUGGCGGCCUCCAUUUUGUACCCGGCCACCACUGGGAGGAACUUCGCGGAAAUCCUCAGACUCACUGCCAAGUUUCCAGUGGCCACUCCUGUGGACUGGACCGCCGGGGCCAAGUGCUGCGUAGUGCCGACCUUGGCAGCAGAAGACGCAAAAAAGCUUUUGCCCAAAGGCCACGAGGCGCUGCAGCUGCCUUCGGGAAAGCCUUACCUGCGGCUCACCCCAGACCCCAGGGGUUGA